UUGUUUAAAAACCAGCCUGACGUGCAUUUCUUUCCUUCAAAAUAACGCAUUUCUCUGCCAUCAGCUACCAUGGCUAUAUUAACGUCCUCACACUUGCAGCGUUUCCUGUCUGCCUUCAUGAUGGUCGCAGCGCUGAUCGGUGCCGUCAGCGCGGGAGGUUUGUACGGAGGCUUCGGCCGAGGUUUCGGUGGAGGCUUUGGCGGCUUCGGCCGAGGCUUCGGAGGAUAUGGUGGAGGUUUCGGCCGAGGCUUCGGAGGUUUUGGCGGAGGCUUCGGAUUAGGACGAGGAUUCGGCGGUGGCUUCGGUCGUGGAUAUGGCGGAUACGGUAAUUAGUCACUUCGUUUCUAGGUGUAUAAAGAUCAUUUCUGGAGUAAUAAUCUGAGCAGGUCAUUUUGUUAACAUGUGACAUUUCUUGAAAUAAUGUAGUGUCCUCUUUAACUAAGUAUAAGUUUGUUUAACUUUCAGG